AUGGGUCGCCUCCAGCCCACGGUCGUACGUCAAAAGCCUCGCCCGGAGGUGUCCUUCGACAAGGGAGGAAGCGACUUCCGCUGCCCGAGGACCUUCAGCUGCCUGGGCCAGCAGGCCCUGUCGAGAGACGUCUAUCGCUCGGCGGGGAGGCCGGUGUUCACGAGGCAGGACAGGUGGUACGUGCCUGGCGACAAGUUCAGAGUGCAUGGGGGAACGCCGAUCUCGUCUCUGGGCAACCAGCCCACGUCCACCAGGACCUCGGCCGGUCGGGCGCACUUCGGGACUUCUACCCGUAGCAGCGCCAUGAAGAUGUACGCGCUCUGGUCUGUCGGGCAGCAACGAUGA